CCCCGUCCUCUGUAUUCCCAGGACUGUCCAGAGGAGAAGGUCCCAGAGAAUCCUCAGAUGACAAAUCAGGGGGAAGAUCUGACUGAUAAUGAAGUGGAGGAUGAAGAAGAGUGGAUAAUGGGCGAUCCCCUAUGUAAGAGUGAGGUGGAGGAGGACAUUCCUGGAGAUGUCACUACAGGAAAUCCCAGUAGGAAUUCUGAAGGAAACUUCAUGUUAUCACUAAAUUAUAAUGAAGAUGAAGAUAUCAUGCAGCGCUCUUCAGGAGAAAACCUUAAUGUACAUCCAGGACUUCAAAGUACAGAUCUAUUAUAUAAUCCCCUUAAUAAUCAAGAACCUUUUCCUGACCAAUCACAGAUUGUGACCACAACUAAAGGUCAGAAAGGGGAUAAAGGGUUUCACUGUGUCAAAGAGUUCACAAAAAUCUCAGGUCAUUCUACAGAAAGAGGAUUUCACACAAGGGAGAAGCCAUACUCCUGUUCAGAAUGUGGGAAAUGUUUUACAGAUAAAUCAAAUCUUGUUAUACAUAAAAUAAGUCACACAGGAGAUAAGCCAUAUUCAUGUUCACUUUGUGGGAAGUGUUUCACACAGAAAUCAGAUCUUGUGACACAUGAGAAAAUCCACACAGGAGAGAAACCAUAUUCAUGUCCUGAAUGUGGGAAAUGUUUUACAGAAAAAUCUAAUCUUGUUAGACAUGAGAGAAUUCACAGAGGAGAAAAGCCAUAUUCAUGUUCAGAAUGUGGGAAAUGUUUUACAAAUAAAUCAUGUCUUGUUACACAUAAGAGAAGUCACACUGGAGAGAAGCCAUAUUCAUGUUCAGAAUGUGGGAAAUGUUUUACCGAUAAAUCUAAUUUUGUUAGACAUAAAAGAAAUCACACAGGAGAGAAGCCAUAUUCAUGUUCAGAAUGUGGAAAAUGUUUUACAGAUAAAUCAGAUCUUGCUAGACAUGAAAGAAUUCACACAGGAGAGAAACCAUAUUCAUGUUCAGAAUGUGGAAAAUGUUUUACAUAUAAAUCUGUUCUUGUUGGACAUAAGAGAACUCACACAGGAGAGAAACCAUAUUCAUGCUCAGAAUGUGGCAAACAAUUUACACAGAAAUCAGAUCUUGUUACACAUGAGCGAAUUCACACAGGAGAGAAACCAUAUUCAUGUCCAGAAUGUGGGAAAUGUUUUAUAGAUAAAUCAUGUCUUGUUGCACAUAAGAGAAGUCACACAGGAGAAAAGCCGUAUUCAUGUUCAGAAUGUGGGAAAUGUUUUACAGAAAAAUCUAAUCUUGUUAGACAUGAGAGAAUUCACACAGGAGAGAAACCGUAUUCAUGUCCAGAAUGUGGGAAAUGUUUUACAGAUAAAUCAUGUCUUGUUGCACAUAAGAGAAGUCACACAGGAGAAAAGCCGUAUUCAUGUUCAGAAUGUGGGAAAUGUUUUACAGAUAAAUCAUGUCUUGUUAAACAUGCGAUACGUCACACUGGAGAGAAGCCAUAUUCAUGUUCAGAAUGUAAGAAAUGUUUUACCGAUAAAUCAAAUCUUGUUAGACAUGAGAGAAAUCACACAGGAGAUAAACCGUAUUCAUGUUCACUUUGUGGGAAAUGUUUUACAGAUAAAUCAGAUCUUGCUAGACAUGAGAGAUAUCACACAGGGGAGAAACCAUAUUCAUGUUCAGAAUGUGGGAAAUGUUUUACACGGAAUUCACAUCUUGUUAAACAUGAGAGAAUUCAUAGAGGAGAGAGGCCAUAUUCAUGUUUAAAAACUGGGAAAUGUUUUACAGAAAAGUCACAUCUUGUUACACAUGCGAUAAGUCACACAGGAGAGAAGCUGUAUUAAUGUUUAGAAUGUGGGGAAUAUUUUACAGAUAGAUCUUGUAAUAUAUGCAAAAAAUCACAUAGGUAAGAAAACAAAUUCAUGUUUAGAAUGAGGGAAAUGUACAGAUCUUUUUAGACAUGACAAGACAUGACCUGCAACCAAAAAUCCAAGUGUUGUUUUUUUUUUUUUUUUUUUGUGACCAUCAUGGUAUAUCACAUUGUCAAAUCAUUUUUUUGUAUCUUUAUUGA